AGAAACAAACAAUGAAUCUUCUUCUUCUUCAGUUAACCUUAAUCUCACUACUCUUCUUCACUUCCACCAUAGCUGAUAAAACCUCCUCCGAUCCUCAUCCAAACUUCCCCUGCAAACCUCCUCACCACAACUCCCACCCUUUCUGCAACAUCUCACUAUCCACAACUCAACGAGCUCUCUCCCUCGUCUCCCUCCUAACCCUCCCUGAGAAGAUCUCCCAGCUCUCCAACACAGCCGCCUCCAUCCCUCGCCUCGGCAUCCCUCCCUACGAAUGGUGGUCAGAGUCUUUACACGGACUCGCAGACAACGGUCCAGGCGUCUCCUUCAACGGCUCGAUCUCCUCCGCGACGAGCUUCCCUCAGGUGAUCGUCUCCGCGGCGGCGUUUAACAGGACGCUAUGGAGGGAGAUAGGAGCCGCGGUGGCGGUGGAAGGUAGGGCGAUGUAUAACGGUGGUCAGGCGGGGUUGACUUAUUGGGCGCCGAAUAUAAAUGUGUUUAGGGAUCCGAGGUGGGGGAGAGGGCAGGAGACUCCUGGGGAGGAUCCUUUGGUUGUUUCUGAGUAUGGUGUUGAGUUUGUUAAAGGGUUUCAGGAAGUUAAGGAGACGAGUCAGGUUUUUAAAAACAAUGAUGAGAAGCUUAUGUUGUCUGCUUGUUGUAAGCAUUUCACUGCUUAUGAUCUUGAGAAGUGGGGGAACUUUAGUAGAUAUGACUUCAAUGCUGUGGUUACGGAACAGGACAUGGAAGACACGUAUCAGCCACCAUUUGAGAGUUGUAUCAGAGAUGGUAAAGCUAGCUGUUUGAUGUGUUCAUAUAAUGCAGUUAAUGGAGUGCCUGCUUGUGCUCGAGAAGACUUGUUACAGAAAGCUCGUGUUGAAUGGGGAUUUAAAGGGUACAUUACAUCAGACUGUGAUGCUGUGGCAACCAUUUUCGAUUACCAAGGAUACACAAACUCAUCUGAGGAAGCAGUUGCUGAUGCAAUCAAAGCAGGGGUGGAUAUAAACUGUGGAACGUACAUGGUUAGACACACAAAAUCUGCGAUAGAUAAAGGGAAAGUGAGCGAGGAACAAAUAGACAGAGCUCUCCUGAAUCUCUUUGCUGUUCAACUUCGUCUUGGACUUUUCGACGGUAAUCCAAGAGAAGGACGUUACGCAAAGUUAGGAACAAAUGAUAUUUGUAGCUCAAGUCACAGAGAGUUAGCAUUAGAAGCAGCUAGACAAGGGAUUGUGCUUCUAAAAAACGAUCACAAGCAUUUGCCUUUGAAGAAAAACCAAGUCUCUUCUUUAGCAAUCAUUGGUCCAAUGGCGAAUAAUAUAAGCAAUAUGGGAGGGACUUAUACAGGAAAGCCAUGUCAACGAAAGACUAUCUUCAAUGAACUUGUGGAGUAUGUAAAGAAGACAUCUUAUGCCUCUGGUUGCUCUGACGUUGCUUGUGAUUCUAGCAAUGAGUUUGGAGAAGCUGUUGCAAUAGCCAAGGGAGCAGAUUAUGUCAUAGUUGUUGCGGGGUUAGAUCUCACUCAAGAAACAGAAGAUAAAGAUAGAGUUAGUCUCUCUUUACCUGGCAAACAGAAAGAUCUUGUGACUUCCAUUGCAGCUGUGAGUAAAAAGCCAGUGAUUCUAGUCCUAACCGGUGGUGGACCAGUGGAUGUAACCUUUGCUAAAACCGAUCCAAGAAUAGGAAGCAUUGUCUGGAUUGGUUAUCCAGGUGAAACAGGUGGACAAGCACUAGCUGAGAUCUUGUUUGGUGAUUUUAAUCCAGGUGGGAGGUUACCGAUGACGUGGUAUCCUCAGUCAUUUACUAAGGUUGCAAUGUCUGAUAUGCAUAUGAGAGCUGAUUCAUCUCGUGGUUAUCCUGGAAGAACGUACAGAUUCUAUACCGGACCUCAAGUUUACGGAUUUGGAACCGGUUUAAGCUACACUGACUUUGAUUACAAGGUUCUUUCAGCACCAACCAGACUUGGCUUAUCAGAAGUUAUUCCUCAGUCUUCACACAAGAAACUGCUUCUCCAAAACGGUGAAGAGCAGCUCAGAUACUUAGAGCUCGAUGAUUUGGAGGUUAACUCGUGUGAGUCGCUGAGGUUUAACGUGCGGUUUAGCGUGAGUAAUACGGGAGAGAUGGACGGUAGUCAUGUGUUGAUGUUGUACUCAAGAAUGCCUCAGGUUUUAUCUGGUGUUCCUGAGAAGCAGCUGAUUGGUUUUGAACGUGUUCAUGUUCGUUCCAGUGAGAUGGUGGAAGCAGAGUUCGUGAUUGAUCCUUGCAAGCAUCUUAGCCUUGCGAAUGAUGUGGGGAAGAGAGUGAUUCCUUUGGGGGUUCAUGACUUGGUUUUGGGAGAUUUACAACAUUCUCUGUCUCUUGAGUUUUAAAUGAUUGUUUUUAAGCAAACUGUGAUUCUUGGAAAAGUUUAAAUAAAAAGCGUUACUGUUUGGACGAAUAAAU